ACAUCGCCAUAUCAACAUUUCUCGGUUGGCAGGUUGGCACUUUCUCAUGGUACAAUGAUGAUUACAACAAUUCUAGGUGGACAGUGCCCUAAACCCCUUGAUUUGCUUUGAGAUUGGUGGAGUUUAUAAUUGAGGAGAACUCAUCGCUUUGGUACAUAACUUUGUAUAAUUGCAAUGCAUUCAAUAUUUAUUUUGUGUAUCUCUCUCUAUAAAGGUAGUAACUAGUAAGCAAAGCACUGCUGUGCCUUCUCGAUUGAUCGGACGGUCAUAAGCGUCCGAUGACACGCCGAAUCCCCACCGUCGAUGAGAUGAGAUGAGAUGAGAUGCGAUACGAUGCGAUUCUUCUCUUGCACCCAUGUCAGUUAUGUACUGUAUAUUGAUGACAAUUACAAUCACCCUCCUGGCCAAACCAGUGAGAAUUAACUACAACACGCGGAGCACAAUAACUCUGACUUAAGUGAGCAUACCGCAUUGCCUUCCCUGUCCCUCCGAGUACCUAAGCCAACAACGGGAGAAGGAGAGCAGAGAGGCCUUUUUCCUGUAACGUACUAACCGAACCUCCCAUCUCCAGUCUCUCGCUCUUUCUCUCCUCUGCACCACUCCAAUGAUGUCAGUUCCGUCGGCGGCGGCGGUGGCAGCGCUGCUUCUGCCGCUGCUGAUGGCGGUGGCGGAUCCCUCCGACGAGUCAUGCCUUCUGAACCUCCGGAACUCCCUAGAAGAUCCGGCGAAUAGCCUUCGGAAAUGGACCAAAUCGACCUUAGCUUCUCCUUGCAACGGCUUCACCUCCUACCUCGUGGGUGUGACCUGCAACAAUGGCAGAAUCUACAAGCUCUCCCUCCCCGCCCGAUCCCUCGGAGGCUCCAUCUCUCCCUUCCUUUCUAACUGUACCAACCUCCAAACCCUAGACCUCUCCUCCAACUCGCUGACUGGUCCCAUCCCCGCUGAGCUUUCCUCCCUCCUCAACCUCGCCAUUCUCAACCUCAGCUCCAACCAUCUCUCCGGCCAAAUCCCCCCGCAGCUCUCCUUCUGUGCUUACCUCAACGUCAUCGACCUCCAUUCUAACGAGCUCUCUGGCCCGAUUCCCGACCAAUUCGGCCUCCUCGUUCGCCUCUCGGUUUUCGACGUCUCCUACAACCGCCUCGAGGGUCCCAUCCCUGUGCUGCUUUCGAAUCGGACGGGAUUGCCUCGGUUCAAUGCCAGCUCGUUUGUUGGGAACAAGGAGUUGUACGGCUAUCCGUUGCCUCCGAUGAAAGGAAGGGGGUUGUCGGUUCUCGCUAUCGUUGGAAUUGGGCUAGGAAGCGGCAUGAUCAGCCUUGUGCUUAGUUUCACCGCCGUCUGCAUAUGGCUUAAGAUUACGGAACAGAAUAGCGCCACCGCCGGCGGAGUGAUGAAUGAUGACGACGGCAAGAUCUCUCACGCCAUGCCCGACUACUGAAUGAUUUGAGCAUUUACUGACCAUUAAGAAGAGGUGAAUGCGGGUUUCUCCAUCAAAAUCAAAUCUUGUGAUUGGAGAUUCAUCAGCUAACAUGACUUUCAGUUUGUUUUACCAUUGACUUCAACUCAGGUAUGCCUUUUUCCUUUUUGUUUUUUUUUAUUUUAGCUUUCGCUUUACAUUUACACUGUCCAUUUUCUGUAUUGAUGUCUCACUACUUUGCGUCGACCCCCAUAGGAACAAUACAAGUCAAUUAGCUGUUACAGGAGGCUUUCACUCAACUAUACUUUUGCUUUGUUAAUAUGUGUAGCUUUUCUUCUUUCUUUUAUUAUUUUAUUGGUACCCUUGUUGUUCUACAUAGAUUUCAGGAGAAGCAGGUUACUAGUCAAGUAGCUGCUAUAAAAGGCUUUUACUCAAGAAAAACGAGGUACCAAUCAGCUAGUUACUGCAGGAGACCUCAGUUCAGAUACACCUUACUUUGUAGCUUUAUGUACAUUUUUUAAAAUUGUUCUCUUUUCUUUUUGUUAAUGCUUCUAUUGCAUUGUGCAUGUCCCAGAAGUGUGGAAUGUUUGAUCUUUGAAAGGAGCAAAGAAAAGCUGUCGACUUUUGUCUUUAGACAUAA